UUCAAUGCUUUAACCAUCAACCCAAUUUUCACUUCUUCUUCAUUUCUGAGACAGACAAGCCAUGCAGGAGAAGAAGAACCACUUCCGCUCUCUUGGCAUUUGCCACAGCCUCAUCGACUUCUUCAAGAACAUCCUCAUUAAAGCUCGUGGCGUUAAGCGCGUAACCAUGGGCGGCCCUCCACUGCCGCAGGGCUCAACCAACAUGCCUGUCGAUGAUUCUUUGAUGAACAGGGCGGGUUCUGUGGAAGACCAACAACCCAUGAACGGAGCUGCAGGUAAUACCCUCCAUCAUGCUCUUGGCAAGUCCUCCGACAACGCAGGCGAUAAAAUUCCUAUCCAAUUCCAGGAGACCGAUGAGUUGGGGAGUUGGACUCCGGUCGACCAGCUCAAUUAUUCCGUCCACGUCUCAGAAGAGAAAAGUCCAACUAAUACCGGUUCUCAGGCACACCCAUUGAUGAGCAGUGAGCAAAAGGAUCAAACUGAAGGCAAUAUUAUUAUUGGUAAUAUUUCUAAUGGAAAUGGCUCAGUAGAUCUAGAAAUAGAGUCAAUUGUCACGGAAGGGAAGAGUUCAAGCGUGGACGACGAGGCAGAGGAAGCGGAAAAGAAGCAAAAAGAAGCCACACAAAUGAAGGCUCCAGUACGGCCGGGUUUCGGUGUGUGGGCUAAUAUAAAUGAAAUAUCGGACGUGUUUAUUAGGAGUAAGAAGGAAGAAUUUAGUAAUAGCAUGGAGCCAAGAAAUUCUUAGUCACAUAUAUAUAUAUAUGGUGGCUCAAUGUAUUUAUCCAAAUCUAUGC